CCAUGAACUACGGAAAACUCACGUGGGGAUUGACCCGACACUUACAGAGUCAUGUGCACGCCGAGAUACGGCUAGCUCCGGCACCUUCAAAUUCUAAAGAGGUGGCGUACUUGCUAGAAUGCUUCAAACUCUUGGGGAAUAUUGAGUUCUUUAGAGUCGAUCGCGAUACUUCGGGACUUGCUACAUAUGGAAAUAAGCUUCAAGUGGUGUAUAGUGCAACUGAUGUACCGUCAUUGCUUCAGUCACGCUUUAGUCAUGGAAAUUAUGAGCAAGGGAGAGCCUUUCCUGAUAAAAGGGUGUUGCAAGAACAACAGGAUCUGAUAAUCGACCAGUUGUCACGGUUGAUAGCUGUACCGCGAUAUAGUUACAUAGAGAAUGAUCAAGAAUACCUUGAAGGACAUACAGAGAUACAGUUCCGUCAUCUGCUUACGAAUGAGGGAUUAAAAUAUGGCAAUAGGUAUUCAGUCAGUACUGCGCAGGUUGAUAGUCCCUUUGUAGUGCUAGACAGCAAUAAGAAAGAGAAUGAGAACGUCAAAGACAUAGAGAAUGUCAAAGACACAGAGAAUGUCAAAGAAAUAGACAAUUAUGAAGACAAAGACACACUAGACGUACUGAACUUACGCAAGUGUAUGCGACACAACUUCCAGAUAUUUCACAAGUUUGAGUUUGUAAUCGCCGGAAGAGGUCAGCCAGAUAUGAAACGAUGGAAUAAAAGUUUACUGGAUAAGAGUAGUAGCAGGAGUAGAUCACAAUUUAAGGGUUUUUAUAGUUAAUUAUAGUUAUAUGGAUGUAUAUAAAUAUAUAUUACGAUGUCAAGUUACU